AUGGAUCAAACUGACGCGAACAUCUUCGGCAAAGAAAAACGCCUAGACCGAUGGAAGGAGGUCAGUUGGAUACCUACAACUCAUUAUUCCGGAACGUUCGGACUCUGUAAACUGCUUCUUCCGGAGAUUCUUCCAGCUACGGUAGAAAAGGUGAUUGGACUGGUUCGGAACCAAAGUCCGUGGUAUCUUCAGGGAGCGCAGAAUACCGUGUGGCCCGCACUGGGCUACGGAUACAACACAGGUGUGAUGUUGCUGCAUCUCCAACGGAUGAGAUUGAUGCGAUGGAAAGAAGCUUGGCAAAGUGUGACGAAGUCUACUUUGCAGUAUCUACCUCACGCCCCCUUGGCUGAUCAGUUUGUUGGGAAUUCUUCGCCAGCGAACGACCGGUUUCGUCCUUCUUGGAGCUCAUCAGGUUGGCGCAUUCUUCAAGUUACCAUCAACCUUGUGUUUUACUUGAAACCAAGGCAAAUUCACUUGCCUGACACGUUAUUAGCGUACCCUCACUUUGUAAGCAGCAGUCUAUAUUUUGUACCACAGGAUGUUAUCAACGCGCUUCUUGUGCAAAUACCCGACGCCGUAAACGAACUUGCCUGUGAGUGGAACGUUCAGCUGAACAGUCGAGCUCAACCGAUGCAUUGUCCAGUUCACUGGCCGACUGUUCUGAAUCCUAGUCCGAGUAGCAUCAACUCACACGUCGGUCAACUGAAAAUUGCACACUACAACAGCCCGGUAAAGCCAGAGCUGAUGAACCAAGCAUUUUCCGCCGAAGACGAGUCAUCUCCUGGGGACAUAGGACUAAGACUUCGGACGAACUUCGUUCAGCAGUAUCGAUUCUUUCAAAAUUUCGACGGCCUAAUUCUCAAACACCGUGUUCGAGAACGGCGAUCAGCAAAUUGUGAAAGCUAUGAGACAGACGAGGCACAGGCCUCGCUUGCUGGAGAGUGUUCAGAACUAAUUUCACAAGUGCAAAUUCGUCACAGGAUACAUCCUUUCUACAUGCACUGUGAACUAGAGCCAAAGGCAAUACCGACAAAAUGUGCCGAAGGUUGUGUUGUUGACCAAGACGCGGAUGUCACUCUAGUCAGUCAACUUACAUUUGACAGAAUACAUCGCGUAGAAGAGAUUGCAAAGCGUUGGGAGGGGCCGGUGAGUUUGGCUCUUUACGUGACAGACCGAGAUGCCGCGAUCCUCGUGGAUUUUGUGAGCCGAUCACAACUGCUAGUCAACCGCACAAACAUCGGAUAUCACCUGGUUUAUGUUGACGGUAUUUUAUACCCGAUCAACAAGCUGCGUAACGUGGCGAUGCAGUUCGCACAGACCAAGUUCAUUUUUAUACUUGAUGUGGACUUUAUUCCUAGUCCAAAUAUGUACAGCGAGUUAAAAACGACAAUAGAGAGGCAGGUACGAGGACCGGAUAAGGCAACACAGAUAGAAAGAUGGUGCCUGGUUGUGCCUGCAUUUGAGACUUUCGGAGAAUAUGUUCAGCUACCGGAAACCAAAGAAGCAUUGCUGGCUCAGUGGGCCCAAAAUCUAGUGGUUCCAUUCAGACAUGAAAUAUGGACUGCGGGCCACAUGGCUACCGAUUAUGAGAAGUGGAAGAACAUGUCAGAUUUGUACGAGCAACUUAUUUCGUUUCAGGUUUUUUGGUCUGCUGACUAUGAACCGUACAUUGUGAUUCCACGUAACGUCUUGCAAUUUGAUGAACACUUUGUCGGUUUUGGAUGGAACAAAGCAUCGUUCGUGAUGGCAUUGGACGCCUUGGGCUACCGUUUUCUCGUUCUUCCGAAUGCAUUCAUUCUCCAUCUUCCCCAUCCGCCGAGUAUUGAAGUACUCCGGUUCAGAAGUGAUUCUGUUUACAGAUCGUGUGUUGACAAGAUCAAAUUAGACUACAUCACACACCUGGCCAAAAAGCAUGGAGUUCGUGCAUUGAAAUACCUGGAUUUCCGAAAGGAUACAGUCAGUCCAUAA